AUGGCCUCAGAAUUCGAUCAGUAUUUUACCUACGAAGCCCGCCUGGCCUCCUUUCAGAAGACCACCAAGAAGCGCGGCUCAACCACUGGCGGCCGAGCAGCCAAGGCGCUCAACUGGCCCCAUAAGCAGAUUUCCAUCACAAGCCUUGCCAAAGCCGGAUUCGUAUUCAGGCCGAGUCCCGAAAGCCCCGACAACACCGUUUGCUUUCUAUGCGAAAAGGGAUUGGACGGAUGGGAGGCGGGCGAUGACCCAAUCUACGAACACGUGAAACAUGCUCCCCAUUGCGGCUGGGCGAUUGUUGCUGCCAUCGAGGCAGACAUUGGAGACUACGGCCGAGAGGAUCCCAACGACCCCGACAUGAUCGAUGCUCGUAGGGCAACCUUUGCGAACCGAUGGCCUCACGAGAACAAGAAGGGUUGGAAGUGCAAGACGAAGCAGCUGGUAGAAGCUGGCUGGAAGUACACCCCGACCAAGGAGUCGGACGAUAUGGCGACGUGUACAUACUGCCAAUUGGCACUUGAUGGAUGGGAGCAAGGCGACAAACCUCUAGACGAACAUUACAACCGGUCUCCCGACUGUCCGUUUUUCGCUCUGGUCAGCCAGUAUAGGGCGCUGGGAAAGGGUUCUGGCCGUCCACGAUCAGCGCGCAACUCGGCUUCAUCUAUCCAGUCAUACGGCACAGCCCCUGCCGACGUUUCGAAUGCCAGUGACCUGAGCGCGGGUCUCGAGGAAAGUGUCAACACAACUGCGUCUUCGGCAUCGCAGCUCGGGACGAAGAAGGCCAGAGCAAAGAAAGGAGCAGCGGCAAAGGCGGGCAGGAAGAAGCUCAAGAAAGAUGAACAGUCUGAAGCGCUUGAUCAGGACAGCCAAGUGGAGGAACCACGACCACCCAAGGUCAGACGAGGCAAGAAGAGGCCAAGCGACGCGGUGGGGGAAUUGGAAACGAGCUCAGGGGAGGGACCCCUUUCGAAGAAGCGAUCGGCGCAAGCUCUUGGGCACGAUACGAUUGAUGACCUUGCUUCUCACGACGACGACUCUGAGAUGACCGACGUGUCCAGAGCAUCCUACAGCACGAAUUCAGCGCCAUCGGGAGCAAAGGCAGGCCGCAAGAUUGCCUCGAAGUUGAAGUCGCAUGCCUCCAUGGCGUCUCUACGGGCUCCUGGCAGGUUUCCGGACGAUGACGAAAUUGAACGCCAGCUCGAGGAGGACCUGGAACACCAGGUGACGGACGAGGAGGAGACUACCCAUGAUGCUAACUCGGGGCGGAAAAAGGCAGAGGCAAAGGCUGGAACAGACUCGGAGAGCGAUGCCAUUCGACCGGCAAAGCCAAGGUCGCCCGAGUAUGCAAUGUUUGAUCCAGUGGCCGAGCCUAGCGCAGACGAGAUCGACGAUGAGCUCAAGACCUUGCAGGCUGAAAUGCGGGUUGAGGAACCACUUCCAGUACCGAAGAAAGGUCGCAAAGCUGGUGUACGAAAGGGAGCAAAGCAGGCAAAGGCUCAGAAUGCCAACCAGGGAUCACUCCCUCGAGAGACUGAAUCUGAGUUUCCAGAGUCACAGCAAGAGGAUGAGCUGGCAUCAGCUGAUGUUAGUGAAAGCAGCACAGGAAGCGUUUUGAGAAAAGCGGCGCCCGCUGCGCCUGGUAAACGGGGCCGUGGCCGUCCAAAGGCCUCGCUCGCGUCGCAAGACGAGUCUCUCGACACGGAAGCUACUGAGUCGUCGCAACAGUCGCUCAAGCGAGGGCCCGGCCGCCCUGCCAGAGUGUCAUUGGCGUCCCUACUGUCCGCUGAGCUUGAAGGCGCCAAUCCGGCCGAACCCCCUGCCAAGAGAGGCCGCGGCCGUCCUUCGAAUGCCUCGUUGCUCUCCUUGGAGUUGACCGGGGCGGAUGAGGAAGCUGAAGCUGCCCCUGCGCCGGCCGCAAAGCGCAGGGGACGACCGUCCAAAACUACUGCUCCGCCGCUGCUCCCUCGCCCAUUCGAGGCUGCCGAGAAGACCAAAGAAGGUGGUGCAGCUGGGAAACGUGGACGCGGACGGCCGGCUAAGAAGCCAGUCGAAACGAGGCCCGCAGAGCCAGUUGAGACGGAAACCGAGGAGGAUUUUGUCGAAGCUCGCGACCUGCCGGAAGUGCCUGUUCGAUUACCCAAGCAGUCGCCAGUGCGAGCCAUAUUUUCACCCAAGGGAAAGGGAUCCCUAGUGCCCUUGCCAGAUACUCCGUCCAAGCUGUCUCCUGCCCCUUCAGCCAGACAGCCUGUGUUGUCGCCUUCACAAUCUCCUCAGUCAUCGGACGCAGAGAAUCAACCACCCGCCUCUCGCGCCCUCAGGGGGAGUACCGCAAAACGAUUGGUGUUGGCUCCUGUGGCAACUACCCCAGCCCCCGGAUCACCCUCGAAGCGUAACGUUAUGGCCGGGCUUCGAAGCACGACGCCAUGGGCUGCGGCGAGUCUCGAGGCCAUUUUCGAGUCGCCCUUGGGCAGCCCGGGCAAGGAGAACGACGUGGAUCGCUUCUUGACGCGAGGCAACGAGCUGACCAGUCCGGAGAGGCAGAUGACUGUGGAGGAAUGGAUCUACUUUAACGCGGCGGAGGCGGAGAAGAAGCUCAAGUUCGAAUGCGAGUCUCUGGUGAACCGGUUCGAGAUGGAGGGCACAAGAGCCAUCAAAGUCUUGGAGGGCUUGGAGGUGGUGGAAUCAGCGAGCUAG